CUGAUGUUGAAGUCAACAGUUUGUCGCUUUCGCCGAAACUAAACUAAAGCUGUGUGGAUUUCUGAAAGCACAUAUUUGAAAUAUGAUUUCGGUAACUUGUGUAGCCCCUGUCAAUAUAGCCCUAAUAAAAUAUUGGGGAAAGCGUCACGAAGAUCUAAUACUACCCAUCAAUGACUCCAUUAGCAUGACUCUUAGCACAGAUGAGUUGUGCGCCAAGACCACAGUGACUGCUUCUGAAACCUUCGAACAGAAUCGAAUGUGGUUAAAUGGGGACGAGGUCCCUUUCGAAGAGGGUUCACGCCUGACGCGCUGUUUAAAAGAAGUUCACCGUCUGGCCUUGGCCAAUGGCUCCCAGAAAGUGUCGCCAUCGUGGAAAAUACACAUUGCAUCGGUUAACAACUUUCCCACCGCUGCUGGACUGGCAUCCAGUGCGGCUGGCUAUGCCUGCCUUGUGUAUUCCCUAGCCCGUCUGUACGACAUCCCGCUCAGUGAGGAGCUAACUACUGUAGCCCGACAGGGCAGUGGAUCAGCGUGUCGGAGCUUAUAUGGCGGGUUUGUCCAGUGGCACCGUGGCGCGCUCGAUAAUGGCAGUGAUUCUGUGGCCAAACAAAUUGCAUCGUCAAAGCACUGGCCAAACAUGCACGUACUCAUUCUGGUCGUUAAUGAUGAACGGAAGAAGACUGCGUCAACAAAGGGAAUGCAACAGGCUGUGAAAACGUCUCAACUAAUUAGGCACCGGGCAGAUAAAGUCGUUCCGGAGAGAAUAGCGCAAUUAACGGACGCAAUUGAAAAACGUGACUUUCAAACAUUCGCAGAGAUAACAAUGAAAGACUCAAAUCAGUUUCACGCCAUUGCUCUGGAUACCUAUCCACCAUGCGUGUAUAUGAACGAUGUAUCCCAUAAGAUUGCUUCUUUUGUUCAUUCUUACAACGAAAUAAUGGGUAGCUUGCACGCUGCGUACACUUUUGAUGCUGGACCAAACGCAUGCCUAUACGUUCUGGAAGAAAAUGUUCCGGAGCUGUUGGAUGCAGUUCAAAAAGUGUUCCCAAGUGAUUCGAUGGACAGUGGAACGUACUUACGAGGUCUUUCCGUACCAAAAGUUGACAGUACACCCAAAAUUGGGGAUGUCCACAAAACCAAAAUCGAUAUAUUAGAUAUUAAUGCAAGAAAUGCCUUUAGAUAUAUAAUUCACACAAAAGUUGGUGAAGGACCAAAAGAAUUAAGCGAUAAUAAUAGUUUAAUGAUAAAUGGAUUACCAUUGGGCGACUAAGGGAUUUUAGGAGACAGUCCAUGAACGAAAUCGAUUUCCAAACUUAAAUUUCCAUUUAAAAUGAUAGUUUUCUUGGUGCUCUGGAAUCGCAUACAUUUUUACAUUUAAAACUAUUUCUGUUAUUUAUAUAAGAAUUCUGUUUAAAGAAAGAUCAAAUAAAAUAUAAUGCGAAUCUAAAGUAUGUUAAA